AUGGCACAGCUACUUCCCUUGCUUGCAGAUCCCGGUUUGCUACAACGCAACGAAUGGUGGGGAGGCUGGCAGCGUGUUCUUGAGGAGUGUCAAGGUAUUGCAUCUGUUACAGACCAAUGGGAUAGCAAUUUCUGCAUUACCGUGGACCCUGCAAUCUCUUUCACUAUCUUCAAGGCUCUGAUAUCCUUGGAUUUCUACAAAAAGACUAAUAUCAUGGUAGAGCACAAUCUCAGCUCCGACAUCAAUCAUUAUAUCACCAUAUUGCACCUUCAACUACAGCAAUUCGGGAACACUUGGACACUGCCAAGGCUGUUGAAAUUCGGGGGAUUUGCCAUGCAAUUCGUCGAGAGUAUGACUCAAAUGGAGCCUAUGGUUAAUGAAAAAUCUCUUCCGAGGAAUUGUGCUGCUAGACAUGGAUAUGCUACUCCGAAAGCCAUCUUCGGGCAUGGUUCAGAUUUCUAA